GCUAUGCUAAAGCUAACGGUUAAUGAACAGCCAAUGUUGUUGUCUUUCUUGUGCUCAUCCUGGAGACAAGUCCGUACAAUAACGACACACGUGAAAAGAUGAUGUAACACUGCAGUAAAUUGCGAUGCACUUUGAAGAAUAAUGUCGAAACUUUUGUUUUGUAAUGAGACGCUGUUUGUGUCGCUGUCUGUGUUGAUCCCAUAAAUUGCGGCUUUCUGUCUUUGUCAUCAUGUAAAAAUAGCGUUGAGUUGCAGCUCUUAAACGGAUUUGGCGGCGGUUCGAUGUGGUUUCACGGCAAUAAAGAGGCGCUAGACACAGGGGAUGAGCGGAGAGCAGGUGCUGCGCUCCUGGCUGCGGACUCCUUGAAGUGACUUCCUCUUUGGGCUCAGGAUGGCGCAAGGAGGGCCUCAGCUGGACUAUCACAUACUGCAGGACCUCAAGCAGCGCUUCCCAGAAAUUCCAGAGAAAGUAGUGUCUCAAUGCCUUCUUCAGAACAACAAUAACCUGGACCUCUGCUGCCAUCUGCUGGCUCAGGAGAGUAAUCGAUACCUGUAUGAGGAGUACCACAGUCCAGAUGAGGUACACUUGAACCGGAACCACAUGCUGCGUAUAAGUGUGGGUUACCCUGCUCCUGAAGGAGCUAAAAAUAAUGCUGGCGGUCGGGCUUUGGUCCACAGUUCUAGUGACAGUCACAUUGAGCAUCCUCGAAGUGGCUUCCCUGAGCCCCUCUCUGCCCCUGCUACCAUGGUGCCAUCACCAGGCUUCAUCCCCUUCUUCAUGAACGACCAAGGACGCUCAAACAUCCCCACCCCUCCGCCCAGCAUCCAGGGCAUGUCACCUACAUAUCCCUCCGUUGCACGUUACAUGACUCCCAUAACAGUUACCCUCUCCCAGAACAUCCCCUCUGCCCCCCAGGCAUUGCAGAUUCCUCCUGGUGCUUAUUGUAACAGCGGGAACACCGUGUACAUGCGUCCCUCACCCUCUCAGAGUCCUCAGCCCACUCCCUGGCCCACGUCUGGGACAUCUGUGUACCAGCAGUCUCCUUACGCCACUCCAACAUAUCAGUCCCCUUACAGCUCUCCCCAACAUCAGGUCCAGCAGCCGCCCCAUGUGUUUCUGCCCAUAAGUCCCCCCACGCUCCCUGGCCUGUCUUACCAGCAACCCCUGCCCGUGUCCCACAGGCCCUUCUUGUCCUCCAAAGGCCCAAUGAAGAACCAGAUAGAGAUCACACUGGAUGGACAGCGACCACGAAGCAACUCCCCUGUACAUACUCCAACACUCUAUAUGGCCAACAGCCCUUCCCCGAGCUCCCCGUCUCGAGCUAUCAGUAUGAGCGGACCCCCUGGGGCCACCAUCCAUCAAGGAAUGUAUGUCCACCAGGGUGUGGCAAGGCCCCGACCUGCAUCGUCUCCCCAGCCUGCCACUUCUGCAUUCAUCAAGAUCAAAGUGUCCCCUGGACAGGCACAGUAUUCAUCAGGCUCUCCACCAGUUGAGGCGGAAUCCCUCCUCAAUAUAGUGGACCAGGGAGAGCGCCAUGCUGCCCCUCCCCCCAUCCUGCCCAUCUCUGUGCUGCCAGGGAACAUCUCCUGCCAGAUCAACCGCAUGCCUAGACGAUCCAGCUCUGGCUCGGAUGACUAUGCGUAUACUCAAGCACUUCUGUUGCACCAGCGUGCACGGAUGGAGCGUUUGAUAAAAGAGCUCAUGCUGGAACGGCGGAAACUAGAGCAGUUGAAGGCAGAAGUGAAUGAAAUGGAAUUCGAUGCCCUGCAGAGACGUAUCAGACGAGUGAACAGCACCAGUCUAAUUCUUCGCCCUGAGGAGAUGACCAGAAUUCGGUCCCAAAACAGACAGCUCCAGAUUGACAUUGAUUGCACAAUUAAGGAGACAGAUCUGCAGUCUAAAGGCAAGCUUGAUGUGAGAGCCAUGAACAAUUUUUAUGAUAAUAUUCAGCCUGGCCCUGUUGCACCACCCAUAAGAGUUAAACCUUCAGUCGUGCAAAGAGACGAGGAUUAUGAGGGAGCUCCAUGGAACUGUGAAAGUUGCACUUUCCUUAACCACCCCGCGCUGCACCGCUGUGAACAGUGUGAGAUGCCACGCAACACUUGAGCUGUAUAGCCGGUUUCACCACCACCCCUCCUGACGGGUCUUGAAUUUCCUACUAAUCUACUGUUCCAUCAUUCACCAUUCAGGCCCCACCUACUAUCCAAUUAUUUCCUCUCCGUAUCUCCUCAGCUUCACCCAGCAAUAACUGAGCCAUACCCCAUUGAAGAAAGAUACAUACCUACCCUAGUUCAAUGUUAUCCAAUCAGAUCCCACCCUCUUUCAUCUCUUGAGGAGCUUCCUGCACUUGUAUUUUUUUUUUUACUGAAAGAUGCUUUAAAAGAGGAAGGAGGUUGACUUUACACAAAUAAGCAAAAGGGACUGAUUGGCACUGGAGUGGACUCAGAAGGUGUGGUUUUAGGAGGAGGAGCUUCCAGAUGUAUAGGAGGUGUGGUUUACCAAGCUAUCAUUCCAAGCAGAAUAAGACUGCUGCGUUUACUCAAGAAGAGCCUGAACGAUCCCAUGCACAGGGCUUCUCUCACGACAACUUCAAUGUAUUGAGGAGCAGGAUAAAUUUAAUAUAGACUUAACACUGAAUGUGCUCACAGUGAGCUCUUCUCAUUGAAUGAAGAACACUACAAGACCUGCAUAUGAACCUUUACCUGGUACUUUUAUGCAUAUUAUGCCACACUGUAUUCUGUGUUUAAGAUGUUGAUUUCCUGUGAAAAUGCCUCAAGUUGCUGUACUUAAUAAAGGAUCUGAUUCUAUGUAACAACACUGUA